AUGACAUCGAGUCGUGACCCGGUAGAAGGUCAACAGCACGAUGAGGCUUUCAAGGAUCAGAUCUCCCCAGCUCUCGACAAGAAGCGUAAUGCUUUCUCCGAACUCAUGUCUUCGAAACCGAAGCAGACGAAACAUCGACCACAACACAGCAAUCCAAGAGAUGCACGAAAUGGCCUUCUGCCCUAUAUCCUCAAUCCUGCCAGCUUCUCCUCGGACAUCGUCAUCCAACACAACCAGAAUACCGUGCUCAUCAGAGAUGCCUUCCCAAAAGCUUCAGUUCACUUACUUCUCCUGCCGCGGGACUCAACGAAAUGGAACAUCAAUCCUCGAGACGCGUUCGAUGAUGAGAUCUUCCUAGCCAUGGUCCGAGAGGAGGCAGCUGAAGCCCUGCGGUUGGCCGCUUCAGAGCUUUUAAGAUUGAUCGGUCCUCACUCAGAAUCAUGCAAAGCUCGCAUAGCGGCGAUGGAGAGCGACGAUCCUCCCACUGAACUGCCAACGGGACGGGACUUCUCCAAAGAGUUCAAGGUGGGCAUUCACGCACAUCCGUCUAUGAAUCAUCUCCACGUUCAUAUCAUCAGUCGAGACAUGUAUUCGGAUCGGCUCAAGCAUCAGAAGCAUUACAACAGCUUCAACACCGACUUCUUCAUCCCGCUUGCAGACUUCCCGCUGGCUGAAGGGGAUGUUCGGCGUCAGACCGGUUAUCAAAAUGCCAAUUUGAAGAAGGACUACAAGUGUUGGCGCUGCGGGCAGGGUUUCGCGAACAACUUCACAGCGCUCAAGGCGCAUCUCGAGGAGGAGUAUAGAGCUUGGAGGAAGGAGUGA